GAAGUCCGCUCCAGAACCUUCACUCUUUUGAAGAUGUCGCGUCGAGAGCACAAUGACAGCGUCAAGAGGAUUAAGCUCAAUGUUCCGAUGUUGCCUAGCACUGCCUAGAGCUGCUGUUUGUCAGAGCAGGUCAUGGCCGAGAAAUGUAUUUACGGGAAUUUGCAACAAGCAUAGGGAAGGCAUACUUUUUGGCAUGGGCAACCCCCUGUUGGACAUCUGUGUCAACAGCAACGAGGACUUCCUGAAGAAAUACGACUUGGAGGCCAACAAUGCAAUCCUGGCUGAGGAGAAGCACAUUCCCAUGUACAAAGAGAUGGCAGAGAUGGACGGUGUGGAGUACAUUGCUGGGGGAGCCACACAGAACUCCAUGAGAGUAGCACAGUGGAUUCUGAGAGAGCCCAAGUGCGCCACCUUCAUGGGAUCCACCGGCAAGGACGAGUUUGGCAAGACGUUGGCGAAAAAGGCCGAGGAAGCGGGUGUCGUUGUGCGCUACCAGAAGCAGGACGACUAUUCCACAGGUACAUGUGCUGUAAUUGUGACAAAGAGUGGAACAUGCAGGUCACUUGUAGCCAAUCUUGCCGCUGCCAAUCACUUUACCAAGUCCCACCUGGAAAUUGCCGAGAACAAAGCCCUUAUGGAGAAGGCCAACUUCUACUAUAUCUCUGGAUUCUUCCUCACUGUGUCACCCGAGUCGAUCCUGAUGGUGGGCGAACACGCCUGCGAGAACAACAAGGUGUUUUGUAUGAACCUGUCAGCCCCAUUCCUGUGCGAGUUCUUCAAGGACCCCAUGAUGAAGGCCUUCCCGUACAUUGACAUCCUCUUCGGAAAUGAAACGGAAGCUGCCAAGUUUGCUGAGAUCCAUGAAUUUGGUACAACAGAUGUAAAAGACAUAGCCCUAAAGACAGCUGCCUUGCCCAAGAAGAACUCCAAGAGAGAACGUAUUGUUGUGUUCACUCAAGGAGCAGAGGACAUUAUUGUGGCCAGAGAUGGCAAGAUCACACAAUUCCCCGUAGUCAGACUUCCCACUGAAAAGCUCAUUGACACAAAUGGUGCUGGUGAUGCUUUUGUUGGAGGCUUUGUAGCACAGCUGGUCCAGGGAAAGCCAAUCGAGUCAUGUAUAAAGUGCGGCAUAUGGGCAGCCACUGAGAUCAUUCAGAGAUCAGGAUGCAGUUUUCCAGCUGACCUUCACUAUACAGAAUAAAUGUCUGUUCUUUGGCUUAGAUUUUUGUAAACAUCUAGAGGCCAAUAAACCCUUAGGAGUCUGGUAGAUAAAUACAGAAAAUACUUUCUUAAAAUGAGGGCAUUUAAUUUUAUUUGUUUGUUCUUGUUUCUUGCAAAGCAAACUUUUGAAAGUCUUUUAUAAAUGAUCAUAUUUGUUAAACAAAGGUCAAAAACUUUUUAUAAACAGACGAUGAAA